AUGUGGUGUUUGGAGCUACUGCUGCCGCUGCUGCUGCCACUGCUGCUCGUCAGAGAUACCAGCUGCCAGUGGAACGUGUGGAUCCCUCGCGACAUCUCGGCCAUGACCAACUCGUGCGUGGUCAUCCCCUGCACCUUCAUGUACCCGGCAGGGAUCCGGCCGUACCGAGGCAUCCACGGCAUCUGGUACUUUGGCCAGCCCUACCCACAGCUCUUUCCUCCCGUGGUCUUCAAAUCUCGCACAGACGUGGUGCACGAGAGCUACAAGGGACGCACCAAACUGUUGGGCGACCUGCACCAGAGGAACUGCACCCUCCUCAUCACCAACGUGGGCUCCGAGCACUCGGGGAGGUACUACUUCCGGGCGGAUCUGGGAGGAGCCAACAUGUACACCUACCCAGACUUCUCUGAGCUCAAAGUUUUGGACCAGCCCAACAUCGACGUCCCAGAGGAGAUCGUGAGCGACGAGAGCCUGGAGCUAACGUGCUACGCUCCGGACAACUGCCCCGACAUGACGCCUGAGAUCGAGUGGAUGUACACGGACUACCUGCCGGACCCCGCCUUCAGCCCGGAGUACCUGGAGGAGGGGAACUCCGCCGUCAUGUCCAACACCCUCACAUUCACCCCCAGACCCAUGCACCACGGACAGCUCCUGGGCUGCAGGGUCACCUACCCCAACUCCACCCUGGUCUACGAGAGACUCAUCUCCCUGGACGUCAAGUACGGGCCGCGGUCCGUGUGGGUGAACGUGUCGUCGGAGGUGAUGGAGGGCGGGGCCGUGGCGCUUCACUGUGAGGUGGACAGUAACCCCCCCCCUCGUAUCUCGUGGCUGUUCGGGGACAAAGAGCUACUCUGGGACAAGGCGUCCAACCUGUCCCUGACUCUGGAGGACGUGUCCCCCUCAGAGGACGGCGUCUACACCUGUGUGGGGGACAAUGGCUACGGCCUCAUGAACACCUCCCUCUACCUGGCCGUCAAGUACCCUCCUCGAGAGCCCCAGGUGAAUGAGUCCAUGACGGUCCUGGAGGGGGUGUCUGUGAGUCUCCACUGCAGGACCCAGGGCAGCCCCGCCCCCACCCUGACCUGGCUGAAGGACGGGGAGCUGCUAGGAACCAUCACCGCAGAGGAACUGUCGGUGCUGGAGCUGAAGGACCUGCGCCCUGAGGCGGACGGACUCUACCACUGCCUCGCCGAGAACCAGCACGGCCGAGCCACCAGCUCCCUCAACAUCACCGUGGAGUAUGCCCCGGUGCUGCAGGAGUCCAGGUGCACGGUGGUGAGGGAGGGAGUGCAGUGUGUAUGCGUAGCUAAAGGAAACCCAGAGCCAACCAUUGAGUUCUUUCUCCCCGACUUCAACGUCACCGUCAACGAGACCGACAACCGCUUCAACUUCUACUCGCACACGGACGGUCAGACCGCCACUGCCAUGAUCAAGCUGCGGGAGCAGGGCGAGCGCGGCAACGGCCCCGCGGUCAACGUCCACUGCAGCUUCUCCAACGUCUACGGGCGAGAGAGCGUCCUCCUGGAGCUGCAGCAGGAGAAGAAGUACCUGAUGGCCGUUAUCGUGGGCACCAUCGGAGGAGUCGCUGUCAUCGCCUUCAUCAUCGCAGCGGUUCGAUACGUCGGCCACAACAACAAGAACAGGGAGCUAACCCUGGAGCUACCCAGCAGGGAGCUAACCCUGGAGCUACCCAGCAGGGAGCUAACCCUGGAGCUACCCAGCAGGGAGCUAACCCUGGAGCUACCCAGCAGGGAGCUAACCCUGGAGCUACCCAGCAGGGAGCUAACCCUGGAGCAAACCCCGGAGCUUCAGACUCAAGGCAGAUUUGGUCUUUUUAUAGCUCCGUCCCAGUGUGUGAGGAGCCGUUCCAAUAAAGCGGCUCUCACAGUUGGCUGCAGCUGA